AUGCGCAGUUUCUUGCGGCACCCAUCCGCAACCUCUGUGACUUUCUCUAGCAAAAAGGAUGUUCCUGUUGCUAAUUUCAUCAUGCAUGAAAUCCACUGUAGGAGAAAUAUUGAAGUGUGCCGCUACUGCAGUGAAUUAAUCCCAAAGUCUGAAAUGAAGAACCAUAUUGAGUCUGAACACGUACAGGUUACCUGCAAGUGUAAGUUGAAGAUAGAAAAAUGUCUCUUGAAGGAUCACGAGGCGUCAGCUUGCCCUCUGCGUCCUGCCGUCUGCCGGUACUGCGACAUACAGCUGGCCUUCAACAAGCUCCAGGAGCACGAGAACUACUGCGGAGCUAGGACCGAGAGAUGUGGUGGGUGCGGCCGUAACGUCAUGGUGAAAGAUCUAAAAGAGCAUCCUGGAGUCUGUGGGCAAGAAGUGAAACAAGUAAGAGGAAGCAGAACAGUGCCUCGCUUCGAGGAUGAGGAUGUGGAUUUGCGCGCCCUUCGAGACGCUAGAAACCGACUGAGCUCAGGUAACUGUGCUGGGCCUUUGUGGAGAAUGGCCAGUGUGCUAGAAAAUCAGACUUACAGCAGCUGCUUAGGAGACAAAACACUUAAGGACAUUAGCAGAAGAAGUGUUUCAGCAGUACAAAGAGAUCAAAAGCAAAAGGAUGAACUGGAGCAGUUGACAAGGAAUGAAAAUGCUCGUUUGUCAGUUUACGAAGAGUGGGACGCCGAUUUAGACUACGUGUUGGCUCUUAGCCUACAAAACGAGAAUAAUCCUCACAGUAAUGCUGCAGCUGGAAUUCCCAGUGACUUCUGGGAAUACUACACCAAAGAGUCUGUGCCAUCGGCCUGUCUUAAUGAAACGGACAAGGCAGCCAUCUUCUCCUGGGACUCUUUAGUGCCCUUUAGCACGUCAAGCCACAUAAAAAGUGACGAGGUCAUCAUGUUGCCGUGUGAGUUUGUGAGGAGCUCUACCCUGCUGAAGACCACAGGUUGUAACCCAGCAAGUGCCUUUGCCUCAUUCAGUAAAAGAAGUUCUCCAAAUCCACGGGAAUGUGAUGGUCUGCGUGCCGUCAGGUCCAAAAGCUGUAGAUCACCCUCUUCAUCCCAGCCGCAAGCUGCCCAGGCAGAAGGAACCAUUAUGAUUCCGUGUGAAUUUUGUGGCAUCCAACUAGAAGAGGAGAUACUCUUCCAUCAUCAGCACCACUGCGCCCUGCGCCCAGCCAGCCCGGCCGCCCGCUUCCCCUCGCUGCUGUCUCCUGCAGCCGACAGAGAGAGCAGAGAAUCGCCAGAGCUGGCGCGGAGACGACUCCGGCAUCAAGGAGAUGUCUCUCCCUGGUGCACGGAAGGCUUUGGGCAGCAGAGGCUCAGCCAUCCUGUGCGAGGGACCGAGUCACCGAGUAACACGGCAAACGCCUGGAGCGCACCGUUGUCCUCUUCGGCGAGGGCCGGCGAUGCUCCCCGCUCGAGAGGGAAGCCCAGGAAGGGGGCUGCCAGCGAGGGGAAAGCGAGGAACAGAGGCGCGAGUGACACUGCAGCUGGGACAACGCCGCGUGUGAGACCGACUCGGAAUGUUCAUCCAGAAGACUUCACACCCAGCUUCUCGAGAACUUCUGCAGCCCACCCGAGCGCCGGCGAUGGAGGAGGAAGGAGCCUUGCGCUGUUGGGCGUUCCCGCUGGCUCCAGCUGCAGGAGCACGCAGGCAAAAGCCCAGAGCCCAGCACCUGAUCCCCCGGAGAAGUGA